AGACUCUGACAAAGGAGCAGGGAGCAGUCGCAGCUGCUUUCCGAGGAGCCAGUGUUACUGAGACAGAAGGAGAAAGUCUACUCUUUCGGGAACGGCACACAUGGGAUUUAAUGCAUUCGUAGUGACGAAAAUCUUGUCCACACUUCCUAGUCUUGUGGUAACCCAGGAUAGCUCCCUCAACCUUCAAAAGCCUGAGACUUACAGAUUGCCAAAAUGCUUUGGAGUUUUUAACUGAAUCUAAGAAAGUCCAAAAUAGAUUUGAGAUUGUAAAGACAGAAGCUACAGCAAGGGGGAUUCAGUGCCAAUGCAUCAACAAAAAAGACAACCAGAGUUAGUGGAAGGGACUCUUCCUGUCUUUGUGUUUCCCACGGAGCUAAUAUUUUAUGCAGAUGAUCAGUCAACACAUAAGCAAGUGUUGACUCUGUACAACCCCUAUGAGUUUGCCUUAAAGUUCAAAGUUUUGUGUACGACUCCAAAUAAGUAUGUUGUCGUUGAUGCUGCUGGCGCGGUGAAGCCACAGUGCUGUGUGGAUAUUGUGAUUCGUCAUAGAGAUGUUAGAUCCUGUCACUAUGGUGUGAUAGACAAAUUCCGCCUCCAGGUUUCCGAACAAAGCCAGAGGAAGGCCUUGGGAAGGAAAGAGGUUAUCGCUACUCUUCUCCCGUCUGCGAAAGAACAACAAAAGGAAGAAGAGGAGAAGAGAAUAAAGGAACACUUAACAGAAAGUGUAUUUUUUGAGCAGUCAUGUCAACCAGAAAACAGAGCCGUCUCUUCGGGACCUAGUUUGUUAACUGUCUUCCUGGGAGUGGUAUGUAUUGCGGCCCUGAUGCUGCCUACUCUAGGGGAUAUGGAAUCGCUGGUGCCUCUCUACCUCCACUUAAGUGUGAAUCAAAAAUUAGUGGCUGCUUAUAUCUUAGGUCUUAUCACAAUGGCUAUACUUAGAACAUGAGCAAGGAUUAAAACUGACUUCUGAAGCAAAUUUAUCUUAAAAUAUGAAUGUGGACUGCCUUUUAUCUCUUCACUCCAUUAACACACUACAAAUUAUUGAGUGAUUUCAAAUAACUGCAAAUGUAUAAUAUGUAUUUUCGAUUAGUCUAUAAUUUUAUUUGAAGGACUGUAGCACUUUAUGUUACAGACAACAAAGAUUCUUCUGAGUGAUACCUAGGAAAUUAUUUGAAGACAUUCUUCUAAAAUCUAUACCUGUUGUGCAAAUAACUUCAAUUCAAUGUUAUUCUUCAUCUUUUUUAUUUCAAACUUAGUUUGAUAAGGGUCAUGGGUCCUUCAAAGUUUAAGACCUAAAUGAGCAACUGACCAGCUUGAAAAUAAAAUGACGUUUAUUGCCUAGACACAGCAGCAACAUUACUGUGUAAGUCACAGAUCUCCUUUCAUUACAAGGAGUUGCUGUGGUGGUUCUUUUUUCUUUUUUUUUUCUUUUUUUUUUUGGUUUGGUUUUUCAUGCUGUGGUGUUUCUAAGGCAAAUAUAUUACAGUCAGUGUGUGAGGGGGUUGAGAACACAAGGUACUUACUGAGGGAUCAUGCUUACCCUGGACUCUUCAAAGAAGACAAGAUAUAUUUAAAUUAUGUUGUGAAAUACAGACCAGGUUGUGGUUCAGACAACAGGCACCUCACAGAAGUAGACUGGUUUCUGUUUGGCCUGAGAAUUCUAAAGAAGGGUAGGCAUUUUUAAAAUUAAUUGGUUCGUCCUAGCUUUUCUUCUGGUUAAUCCUUAACAUAUUAAGGGGAAAAUCACUUUUUGGUUUUCUCCCAAGUCCCUUGCUUGCCUGAGUGUAAGUGACUUGCCCUGGUAAGGAAUGUCAGAUGACAACUAGUUUCUGAGGACAUGAUUUUUUUACAUUUAAACUCUUAAGCCAAGUAGAGAAAGCCCUAGAUACCAAUGUCUAUUUUGUAUGGUAACUGGGACUUUUUUAAGUUUUUAUUUAUUCAAAUAAAUUUACCAAAAAAAAAGCCCCCUAAGCACGAGGACUUCCAUUUCUUGAUACUGUUCUCUGGGGUCUCACAUCUGUUUGUUUAACUGUUGUCACAGCAACUGAUCUUUUUCCUCUUAGGAUUUUUAUCUGAAAGCACAAUGCAUCGAGUCUCUUGAAAAUCCAAUUCUCUUUAGCUCUUUUUAUGGAAUAAACUUUAUGCACUGCUAAUGUAGCAAUCUCAAGGAAUAUACAUAAACACAAAUGUAUGCCUGAAGUUGAUUUUUUUUUUGGCAGAAAAUAAUACUCUGCUUCUAGAAGCUUUUUGUCUUGUAUUUCAUAAAUCACUGUUUAACCAUUUGUGGGACAUAAAUCAUUCAGUGGAUCAUGUCUGUACAUUGUGUAAUGACUGAAAAGCACAUAAGAGUAAUGGACUUGGAACUCAUAAAGGAAACAUGUUUGAAGCUCUCUUCCUUCUCUGUACAUUUCUUAAGAGCGUGCGUGUACACAUGUGUGUCUGUCUGAUAACACAUCAGAAAAAAUAGACAGUACUUUUAAAAAGAAAAGGAAAUGGAGUCUUGGGUUUUACUGACUUAAGCAUUUUAUUUACUUCACUGCUGGGGAAUAAAGGAUUAUCUGUCCUCUGUC